AUCUCAUCUACCCCUGUAUUAUCCUCCACCCCUUUUAUUGUUUCUUGGUGAACCUCAUUGAUUAUUAGGCCCUUGUUAGAAAUUUCAAAUUUGUGACCUUUACUUAUAUAUUUGAAGCCAUGGAACUUAGUAAAUCAGAAUUAGAGGAGAGGAUGAAAGUGGUGACAAUGGGGACAAGAGAAAAUGAAGAUGAAGAAGUGGGUGACACAUUUGCAGAGAGAGCUGAGUCUUAUUACCAAAAGAGGCCUCAGUUACUUACCCUUUUGCAAGAUUUAUACAAUGGCUACAUCACUUUAUCUGAUAGGUACAUUCAAACACUUGCAAAGCAGAAACAACAUCACCACCACCACCAUAGCAGGCACUCUUCACAGGUUUCAACACUUGAUGGAGGAGGGUUUUCUGACCAAGAAGAAAGUAGCAUUGGUGUAACAAGCAAUGUUGAUUAUUCGGAUACCGAAAGCGCAAUCUCGUACCAACCACAAUCCAAUGUGGUGAAGUUGAAGCAUGGGAGUCCAAUUCUUGAUCUUGAUGUCAUUGUUGCGGAGCUUGUGAUGAAGAAUGUGGAGUGUGAUGUGAUGGUUCAUGAGGUUGGUGCAAUGGAGAGGAAGUACUGCGAAUCGUCGCGGAAGAACGAGCUUCAGAAGAGUCUACUUGAGGUUUUGGAGUCUGAGAGGCAUGUUUUGUUGAAUGAGAAUGCUAGUUUGAGUUAUAGGGUGAACACAUUGGUGGAGGAGAACAAGGAGCUGGUGUCUGAAUCGGCUUUCGUGAAGCGCAAGGCAGGGGAAUUGGCCAAAUGUGUGCUCAAGAUGAGGGAGGAUCAUAGAGUGUUUAUGCUGCAUAGGAAGAUUGAGGAUCUUCAGGCUCAGAUUCAUGGAUUGGAGAAGAGGAACAAAGAGUAUUAUGAAAGGCUUCUCAAGAGAGAUAACAACAAUGAUGUUGGUGAUCAUGGAGUAUGCAAAGGGAAUAAGAACAAUGAUGUUGGUGGCAAUGGAAUAUCUUUGGAGGUUCGUGUUCUCAGAAGGUUCAAGUGGAAAGAUGUUGGAAGUGUUUCUUCUUCUUCUACUGGUUCUGUUUCUGGAAGGAGUUUUGAUGAUCUGAAUAAGAAUAAGAAUAAGAAAGGAACUAGUUUAUGGAAGAAGCUCAAGAACAUGGACUUCAUUCUCUGUGGGAUGAAUCCAGCAUGUGCUUGAUCCCAAGCUUUUUACAGGUGCCAUUGGUUUUUGUUUUUAUUUUCGUUUUUCAUUUUCAGUUUUUCUGGUUUCAAAAUUCUAUGAAGGAAAAAGAGAAAAAAAAUAUUUCAAUUGUUUUUUCUUUUUUUCUUCGAUAAAUUUUGAAAAUAGAAAAUAUUAAAAAUGAAAAAUAGAAAAUAAAAACGCAAAUUUAAUGCAAUUAUUGACCUAAUAUAGUUUCUUAUGAUUUAGAAACUAUAAUCUUAGAGACUGGUUUGAUAGCUUACUUAGAAUCAAAUAUGUAUACUUUUUAGUUCUUUUACUAAAAGUUAUGUACUUAUUAGUGUUAACAAGCCUUGGUGUAUAUUCCAAUGUGAGGUCUAUGAGUACCUCUUAGCUAAAGCUAAUCCUUAAUUAUUAAACUAAUUGUAGAUUA